AUGAGCAGAAACGUCUUGGUGACCGUCCUGCGCGUCCUGCCGCUGGCGCUGUACCUGCGGAGCGCGGCGUGUAAGUUUGGCAUUCCGAUCGCCGGGUGCGACGGCGCGUUGUGCCCGGUCGCCGUCGGUAAGCCGGGGACGUGCGUCCCGACGGCGAACACGCUCGAGCAGUUGGCGUGGUGCGAACACGCGUGGACGCCGUGGGCGAAUAAGCUCCUGUCGACGGUUAAGCUGCCGAUUAAGGUUCGAUGCUCGGCGAAGGAUGGGUACGAGUUCGCGAAGAUUAUCGGCGCGUUGGAGCUCCUCGGGUACGCCGCGCUUUGGACGAAUCCCUCGCAAGGGGCGACGAUGCUCACGGUCAUCAUGAUCGGGGCGAUUCACUUCCACAUGACCUUCUUGAAGGAUCCGGUGGGGAAGCUCGGGAUCCAGUUCGCCCUGCUCUUCGCGUCGCUCGCGAUCAUGUUCCUCACCGGCAAGCCGAACAAGGCGCAGCAAGUGAAGAAGAGCGCAUCGACGCGACGAUCCUCGUCUCGCAAGAAGCGCAACUAA